AUGGGCUCCAGUGCUGCGAAAGGAACAGUAUUCCUUACUGGUGGAAGCGGUUUCAUCGCGUCUCAUAUCCUAGACCAACUUCUUUCCAGCGGGUAUCAAGUAAUCGUUUCCGUUCGAUCUGCCGCAAAAGGGGAUGGUAUCAUUUCCGCAUUGCCUCGGGAGUUCAAAGCAGAUGUUUCAUAUGAGGUGGUGGAAGAUAUCGCAAAAGAAAAUGCAUUUGAUGAGGCCAUAAAGAGAAACCCUUCGAUCGAUUACGUUAUCCAUACUGCGUCUCCAUAUCAUUUCAACUUUGAAAACCCCAUCAGAGAUUUCAUCGAUCCAGCCGUCAAAGGAACAACGGGAAUUUUGCAUUCGGUCAAGAAAUAUGCGCCAACAAGCGUCAAGCGGGUUGUGCUAUUGUCCAGCACGGCGACGAUCAUGAACCCACCUAACCACCCCGAAGUGUAUAGUGAGGAAAUAUAUGGCGAGACAACUUGGGAGCAAGCUCUUUCCGGCACGGGCACCUAUCGUGCUAGCAAGAUAUAUUCUGAACGGGCGGCCUUUGAUUUCAUCGAGAAAGAAAAACCAUCCUUCGACCUAGUCAGUAUCAACCCAUGCCUCGUCUUCGGACCCCCGCCUAGACACCUCCCCGGUCUCGAUGCCCUCAACACCAGCAACCAUCGCAUUCGCGACAUUGUGCUUGGCAACAAUAGAGAAGAAAUUACACCGACAGGACGCAUGUAUCUCUUUGUUGACGUACGAGAUGUCGCGCAGGCCCACAUACGUGCCAUGGAGCUCCCGGAAGCAAGCGGCCAGCGUUUCAUGCUCGUAGGAGGGUUUUUCAGUAACAAACGGAUUGCGGAUAUUAUUCGCGAACUUUACCCUGAGAUGCAGGAUAAGCUCCCCCUUCCAGAGCUUCCAGACGAUUUCCCAGAGAAUUACUACAACUAUGAUGCGAGCAAGUCAAAGCGUAUGCUAGGUACGGAAUACAAAGACUUGCGGACUUGCGUAAAGGAUGCUGUUGAUGCCAUAAUUGGAAAGAACUAG